AUGGACGAUCCUGUAGAGCCCCAACCAGGCCUCGUUCGCCGGCUACGAAAUCUUGUGCUUUCAGCAGUACAGCCCCUUCUCGACUUCAUCUCGUCACCCACCUUCUUGCGUGUCUCGAUCUCUGCAGUUCUCUUCUUCCUCGUCUCUUCUCUGCUCUUCGCCAUAUCGACCACUGCAUUCCUCAUAUUCUACUGGAACUACAUACCACCAAUUAGUCUUUCCAUACCUCUAUACUUCCAGUAUGGCGUACACGCGGCAGGCAAUGUGCCCUACGCGAUCGCAGAUGUUCCGUCAGGUACACUGAUAAGUCAGCAAGCAUAUGCAGUCACCGUCGAUCUGUCUAUACCUCGUACACCUACGAACCUCGAUGGAGGCGUGUUCAUGGUCGAUGUCCGGCUUCUAGGAGCAUUUAGUGCUCUAGCUCAACCGCCCGAGACGCUGAAGCAGCUUCUGGGAAACAUGACAACUCUGGGAGGCGAGGGCCACACAGUACUACAGCACUCUCGGAGACCGAGCAUGCUACGGUAUCGCAGUCGAUCACUUAGCUUCGCAAGAGAUGCAGUCUUUGCGCCAUUAUAUCUGCUUGGCUUCAAGGACCUUGAUAGCGACAAUGUCAAAGUCAAACUGUGGGAAGCGGCGGUAUUCAAUCGAGGAUCCAGCAACGUACCCAUCGCUCUACGCGUCGAGAUCGCACCAAGUGGUGGUAGCACUGGGAUAGCAGACUCUGGUGCGCUCCUCAGUGUGGGCGGUGUCACUAUGCCUGCGUCGAUAGAUGCGCCUCUUGCACGAAGACAGGUGCAGAUCUACAGCGCCAGCAUCACCUUUGCUGCCCAAUUCAGUGGCCUACGAUAUAUCAUCUACCACUAUCGCGUUCUCAGCUUCGUCAUCUUCAGCCUGGCAUUCUAUACUACGAGUAUUAUCAGUAUGGGUCUGGUCUGGGCAUUAUACGGAUCGUCCAUUAUGUCGGGCUCAGAAGAUCUUCUCAUCAAGCAUGAGAACCAAGGCCAGCUAGGAACGAAAAUCAAGAUUGAGGAUGACCAGGAAGCCCAGCCAAAUCUUGGGAUGGAAGCCGCUCCAGGUUCAGACAUCAAGACAGACGCAAACGAAGACUGGCCUGCACAAUUUGCUGGCAAUGGGAGAGGUCGCUCAGCUACACCCAACGAGGGUGGCCUUGAGGAAGGUGGAGGCCCAGCAGACCAGGCAGAGGAACUUGCGCAAGGCGAGACAGCAGACGACGAGGAUGAUGAUGACAUCGGACCAGAAGUCGGACGUGGUGUUUCCCUCCUCACCCAGCUCCUCUACGUCCUCGUCUUCUUUGCCCGAUACCUCGACCUCUUCUGGGUUAGUCCCGCGGUCUCAAUAUGGAACUUCUUCUUCAAGAACUUCUACAUUUGGACCUCGUUGUACAUCAUCUACAUCAUGCUGCGCGUCUUUGCGCGCACGCGUGAGCGAGAGAAGGCUUGGAAACUUGGCGCAUACGCUCUGCUUGGAUCGCUCGUUGCUACACCGGUCGUGGGGCUGAUAUUGGAUAAGCACAGCAUCUUUCGACCAACGGAGUUUCUGUGGGCGUUCAGCUUGAUUCUAGAGUCUGUGUGCGUGCUGCCGCAGCUGUUGCUGUUGAGACAGACGACGGUGCCGACGGUAAUCGAUUCGGGGUAUCUGAUUGCGCUGGGGAGUUAUCGGUUGCUGUAUUUGGUGAAUUGGAUAUGGAGGAUGUUUACGAAGAAUAAGCCAGAGGCGAUACCUGUCAUUUUUGGGAUCUUGCAGACGGCGCUGUACCUGGACUUUGCGUGGGUAUAUUGGACGAGGCAGCGGGUCAAGUUGAGGGGAGGUGGAGUGGUGGACUCGGAUGAUCUGAGGAAGGGCUUCUUGGUGCAUAGGGCGUUGGAUAGGACGGCGGGUCAGAGAGAUUCGGUGGAGGAGGAUCCGGAGGCGCAGACUGAGCCUGGAGAUGGCCCGAGAGCGGCAAACAAUCGAUGGGGAGCGAGGGGAGUCAGCAUAUCCGCGGACGACACGUUGCACGAUCAUCACAAGACGAAGAAGCCAACAGGGACGGGGACCGCGGCCGAGUCGGCGGGUAUGCUGGCAGAGGAGGAUGAGGAUAUUUUCUUCGACGACAAUGACGACGAUGCACCGCAGUUGGACGGACCAGGGAGCAAGGUCUUGAAUAGUGACGCUGAAUGGCGAGACGAAAGCGAUGUUCACAACUGA